UUCAGCUCCGGCGCAUGUUUUGUAACCCUUCCUCUAAAGAUGGCUUUCUCUCUCUGACUACUGUCAACACAGCGGUGUCUCACUGAAAUGUGGGUGUCGUGACAUGUGCUCGCGGCCUCCUUGCGUCCUUACAUUGAUUGCACGACCCAGGGAUGUCUCGUCCUGCUCCGUCUCCCAUCUACACCCUGAGGGGGGCUGGCGGGCCCCUCAACACCCUCCACUUUAGCUGCCAUGGAGGGGACACUCCCCUCCUAUUUUCUGGGUCAGGGAAGGGUGCCAUCCAUAUCUGGAACCUGAACACCAGGAGGCCUGAGAGGAUUCUGGAGGGUCAUUCUGGAAGCUCGGUCAUCUGGGUCAGCACAGUGCAGGCUAGAGAUACCCUCAUCAGUCAGGGACGGGACAUGCAGAUCUGUCUGUGGGAUCUGAGCCAAGGUCGCAGUGAGGUGGUGGACUCUGUGUGGACCGGCAGUGUUGGAUUCUGCCAGUGCUCCAUGCUGGAGACGAGCCCUGAAAACUACCUGCUGGCCUUCGCUGGACAACAGACAGAGGAGAUCAAGAUUAUUGAGCUACCCAGUAAGACCCCAGUCUGCACCCUGGUACCUGAUGCUAAGCUGGGGAUGGUCAUGUGCAUCAAACUGUGGCAGCCAGACUCUGGGCCCGGACCUCUCCUGUUGGCUGGAUACGAGGACGGUUCCCUGUUGCUGUGGGAUGUAACCCAGAGGUCCAAGCUGAGUCAAGCCAAAGCCCACCCUGAGCCUGUCAUGUGCCUGACCUUUGACACCGAGCGUCUGAGGGGCAUAUCGGGCUCUUCUGAGAAGAAACUCUCCUCCUGGAUGCUGGACAGACAGAACAACCUGCAGCUCCAGGACUGUGUGACGCUGGUCAACCCUGGGGUUUCCCAGCUGUGUAUCAGGGGGGACGGUAAGCUUCUGGCGUCAGCUGGCUGGGACCAUCGGGUGCGGGUGUUUGGGUGGAAGAAGCUGCGGCCGCUGGCUGUGCUUCAGUACCACACUGACAUGGUGCAAAGCGUUGCCUUCUCUGACCAUCAGGACCCCAGACAAAGACUGCUGGCUGGCGGGUCCAAGGACCAGCGGAUAAGCCUGUGGUCAAUAUACAACCAGGGAGCUGACACUGGCUGAGCCUUUGAGCUUUGGGAAGAUAUAUGGACUUUUAAUCAAUACUGUCUUAACCCUAAUUUGCACUGAUGGUGGUGUGACCCAAAAUGGUGUCAGUGGCCAAAAAUCAAUGGCUCAAUAUCUAGAUAUAUGGACUAUUAUACCUGUCUCUUGAUAUCGAGGUCUUGCAUUAAUGUCGCCAUCUAGCAGUAAGCGAUAUUGAAGCAUGCAUAAAUAACAAUGGCUUAAUAAAUGUUUUGUUAUUAUUUCACCUGAGCUAUAAAAAUACAGUAGUAAAAUAAGGGAAAUACAUUUAUGUGACACACUGCAAGUUGUUUGCAUUCAUAAAAACAGUAGCAUCCGCAAGGAAGCUAACUUAACUUUAGUGACAUCUGGAUCUAGAAACCUGGUGAAUAAAGCGCCUGUUGUCCAUAUCGGUAUGAGUUCAAAUUCAUCCCACACGACGAGCCACCCCUUUUCUUUUUUUAUUAGCUAAUGUGCCUCACAUUACGGUAAACAAUGCAUCCUGCUGCAGGAUUCCUGAGAAUAGACACUGGUCAAAUAUGCUGCGCAGCGUAAUAUCCUGAAUAAGAACUGGUGUUUGAACUCAAUCAUAGCUGAUUAUAUUUAGUUCAUAUUAUAAACUAAAAUUACAUUAACUACUGCAUUAGUAGCCUAUGUUUACAGACUCAUUGUACCAUUUUUUCCAAUAACAAAUCCAAAUGCCAUUCCUCAAACAAUGUGUACACUUAACAUCUGAAGUAAAAAAGUCAAUAUUUGUAAUAUAAUAAGUACAAAUGCUUAACUCUGGGUUUGGGACUACUAUUCAUGUUAUUUGUUUUUUUACACAGCCUAUGUCUUACAUAUUGUACAUUUUCUUUAAUAAGGUUUUUUCAUGUAGCAGUCAUGAAUGCAUCUACAUGCACAAAGUACAUGAGAGUAUAGAUUUCUGCCCACCAGUAUGACUGCUGUUGGAGACUGUGACAUUAACUGCAGGACAAUAAUGAGUGUGCAAUUAAUGUGAAGAUCAUAAAACGGAAAGUUAGACAGAGGCCUCAUUAUCACAACAUAAUUCAGUAUUUCUAGUGUGUAAAAAAAUAUACACCUUCAAAUAUUUAUAGACACAGUCCAUCUUAAAAUGUGAGGCCAAUUAAAAUAUCUGCUAUAUUUGAAAUAGUUCAUUAGGACUUUUGUAGCCCUCUGUUUGCUAAAGCCUUUUGUGAGGUUCUGUGCAGCUAUGUGAUUGUGUUGACUUAUCUGAUGGGAGUUUUGCUCCAGUGGAUUUGAAUUUGAGGUAUACGACGCACCUGAGCAGCUAUGUAAUCUCGUGUUGUUAUUCUAGCAGGUCUUGGCUUAACACAGGCCCUCCAGCCUGACCUGAGCAGUAUUUGUCAAACAAGGUUAAUCACAGCAGGGGCAUAAAGAACAGAGAGCUGUUGGUUUAGUGGAGGUGCUGAUCUGCAGAUGCUCUCCUUGGUCCAGAAUUAUCUGUUUAGGAGCUGAUUUUGUUUUCCUUAACAAGUAUCAACUCUUAGUAAAUCAAAAAGAUCAGAAAGAAUGAGGAACUCUACAUUAACUGCUAAAGAAUUUAAGAGAAGUAGUUUAAAUAAAACCAUUGUUAACUCCUGCAUUUACUCCAUCCGUAAUGCUAAAUACAGAUGUCUUUUUUAAGAAACUGACAUUUGUCAUGAACAAGGCCAAGGGUCUUGUUGUGAAAGUCCCAGGGAAGAUAGAGAGGUGUUGUUUUUCUGUCCACUGUCUCUAAUAAUAUUUCUGUGUGUCAAUGAGCAGCAUGGGAGCCUGUCUGUUACAACACCGUGCCGAGAGCCCAGGGGCCGGGGCUUCAAGCAUUAGACGUUCUGCUUAAUAAAGGCUUUGUCUCCUGGGAUGACCUCAAGUUGAGAAGCUCAUCAUGCUGUACAGGAAAGGUCUGAGAAAUCAAAGGGCCAGACUAGCAUAAUGGCCACGAAUCAUUAGCGAACAGAGGAAAGACAAGGUCAUUCGCUAGACAAGCUCCCUUGCUGUGACGCUACUGGAAAAAAGAGUGUGUAACUGCAGGUUUUGUUUGUUUUCUUUCUUAUAUUCAAAUGUAUGUUUUGGAUGUUUGUACUUGUUGAAAACCCUCUGAUGUAAUUUUAAAAAAAUACAUGGAAUAAGACCUUU